CAAAAGUUUAUGAUCUUUUACCAGCAUGUCAAACGGUCAUAAUUCACCGCGUACAGAAUAACAUGUUAAUGCGGGUUUGUGAUCUGUCUGAAUAAAAUAAUAAUGACAAAAAAAGGUAAAGAUAAAGAUCUUCCGUGACUCUGCACACAGUAUCGUUUCAUCACACAGCAAAUUACAAAUUACAAAAUUGUUCUCCUCCACAACAGCGAGAGCUCCUGAUCGUGUGGUUACAAGUUCGCACUGCUUUUCAUCAUGAGUAACAUCACCUCCUCCUGCAUGGAAUCUCAGACUCUUGUUUCCUCCAUUUUAAAGCCCAUUUUCAUUUUGGAGUUCAUCUUUGGCUUGCCUGGAUUUGUGUUUGCUCUUUGGAUAUUGUUCUUCAAGUCUCCAUGGAAAGCUUACAAUGUGUAUGUCUUCUGCUUGGUAAUAUCCGACCUCCUACUCCUCGCCGGGCUGCCUUUCCUCAUAGAUUAUCUCUUCCGUGGUGAAGACUGGAUAUUUGGCGAAUCCUUUUGUCGCUUCGUUCUGUAUAUUAUAUCUGUGAACAACUCAACAAGCAUGGCCUUCAUGUCGAUUUUAGCCGUGGACCGCUUCUUCAGGAUAAUUCACCCACACCAUCGCAUUUCUCGAAUGAGUGUGAGACAAGCAAUUGUGUUGGUUUGCACAGUUUGGGUGGGUGUUCUACUCCUUCGCCUUCCAGCCGCCUUGAACCUGGCUCUUGCAUCUCGUCGAAACUCGUCGAAGCUCACAUGCCACAGUUAUCUGUCAUGGACAUGGCCGUCGGUUCAAAUGAGGAUAUAUAAUUCAGUACAGCUGAUGGAGGUCCUGCUAGGGUUCACACUGGUGGUCUUCAGUUUUGUGCGCGUUUUCUCUCGCGUCCACGGUCAGCAGUCUAAGGGCACACAACGCAGGGUGAAGCGGGCAGUGAGAUUGCUUCUGUUUCUUGUGAUCAUGUUUGUUUUGUGUUUCUUACCUACAGUCACUUUUGGCAUCUUACUUCAAGUGUUCCCCUGUUCUGAGUUCCUCAUAGUUUGUCUUAAUGCCUCUUUUGCUUUAUCCUACAUGAACUGUGCACUGGAUCCAGUCAUCUACUGCCACAUUAACGCUUGGUACCGUGACACCUUGAAAGGCACAACCAACUCAGUGGGGCUGACGAAAUUUAAGAUGAGUGUGAAGAAGAACAGAAAAAAAACUUAAUCUACCUGAGAAACUGUUUGUUACAUUCAUUGCAAUUGGGAGGGUGAAAAUAAAGUGUGUCUUAAAGAGAUACAUCACCUUAAAAUGAACAUUCAUUCAUCAAUUACUCACCCAUCAUGUUGAUCCAAACCUGUAUGACACUUAUGGAAAACUAAAGACAAUAUUUUGAAGAAUGUUUUAAUUAUUUUUGUCCAUUUAAGUCUAUUUAGGGCCCCAUUGUGUUCAUUGUAUUUUUCAAAAUAUAUUUUUUGUUAUACAUCAGUAGAAAGUCAUGAUGGAAGGAAAUGGACAUGAGGCAAAGAAAAUUGUGACAUAACUAUCCCUGAACAAUGACCUAAUGAAUUAUAAUUCUGCCUAUAGAAUGUCUAUAUGUUAUACUGUACACUGUUAUGCUUUUUGUACUAUUACACA